AUGGAUACCAACUUCUCUUUUAUUCAAGAAGAUACGAACUUUGGUUUCAAUCCACCACAACACCAUGACCAAAGCUCCCAAACAAAUAUCGCGAGCGAUCAAAGAAAGGAAACCCCUUUUUUCAACAUUGGUUGCGAUGGAAAUGAAUUCAAAGCUGAUUGCUUGAAGCAAGAAAAAGGUGCAGCAAAUGAGACAAAGAGUGAAGACGAUAAGAGUACGUUUUGGACGGUUUGUCCAUACUGUUAUCACAUGUACGAAUACGAAAAGAAGUAUGAAGAUUGCUGCUUGGUUUGUCAAACUUGUAGAAAGGGGUUUCAUGGACUGGCGGUGGCAGCACCACCGGAACAUGUACUGAUGAACGGGGAAGUCAGAGAGUAUUAUUGGGGCUAUGGGUUUUUUCCAUUAGGUUACUCUGGGGAUGUUUUCUUGCGUGACAAGAAACAGGUUGGGGAGGGAGACAAUGGGAAAAAGCCCAUUGUUGUGGAAAUCUCUGAUGAUAGUGACGAUGAGAAGAAGGGAAUGGAUGUGAAAGAUGUGGGUGGUAACGUGAAAGCUGAAAAUUUGAGCAAUGGUGAAGGAAAGGUUGUAAUGAAGAGAGUGAAAUCCGUGCUGAAGAAUCCAAAGAAAGUGAUGGGGAGAGGGGUAAAGGUGGACAUAGGGAAGAUGAAGGUUGUGGAAAUGAAUGAAGUUGCAGAUAUCGAUUGUGGAAGUGGAGGAACAAGGCUUGGAAGUGAUAAGAAUGGCGGUUCUGAUGAAUAUGAUGAUGAUGAGCUUUAUGAGAUAAGGUUUUAUGGAGAUGAUGAUGAUGAAUGGUUUGAUGGAUAA